AGCCCGAUAGCGGUCGAAUAGGCUACCACUGCGCUGCUGUCCGAUUGCCUUACAUUAGUUCUGAGCUGGUCACUGGGCGUAACCAAUUGCCACGCCUCAAUUGGAGAUAUAGUUUAAAAUGCGUCGGUGGAAAAAGCUGAAAUUGUUUCAACUGCUGAUGUUGUUUAUAAUAUGCGCGUCUUUGUGGUUGUAUUAUGUUCGGUAUCGUAACGUGGACAAGAAAAUUGUUACGGUUAGAAACAUUACUGCUGUGAAGUUCAGUUUCGAAGAUGAAAGAGACUACAACGUUAUAGACAAUAUUAGAAGCUUUAACUUGCACAAUGACAAAGUUAUUAUGAAUGCAUUAAACGCCGCUGCUGCAAAUACAAACCAAAGCACAAGUUUUAUGGAUGACAUGCGAAGAAGAGGUCUUGUUAUAUUGACAUCCAUGAGAACAGGUUCUUCAUUCACCGGGCAACUAUUUAACCAAAAUCCUGAUGUGUUUUAUUUCUUUGAACCUUUAUUUCCAUUGCAAGAUAGAUGUGAUGUCAAUCUCCAAGAAAAGAUUUCUACUUUAGUUAGUGCAUUGACUUGUAAGAUGAAGAAAAUCGUGGAAAUUAUAGAACAUAGUUUAAGUGAGGCCAAGAGUUUGGUUCACAAAUCAUCUGAUAAAGACCAUCUUAAACGUAGAAUAACUAACUUGAUGAAAUGCAAGCAAUCAUCGGUCCAGCACUAAAGCAUUAUGUACGAAAGAUUUGUGCCCAUCUACCAAUACAUGUUCGAAAUGUAACAAGCACCCAACUGUGAGGCAGAUAGAGAUGAAAUGUAACAAUGCCCAUUUACGAGUCAUAAAAACCGUUCGAGCGUGCCAUUUAGAUCAUUUAACAAGUGUCAGGGCAAAAGUUGGUACAAGUUUUAAAAUCAUUCACUUGGUUCGCGACCCCCGCGCCACUGCGUUGUCACGACUACGAAUGCAUUUUGGACGUGGGAAUAUAACCAAAGAAAUGAAAGUCAAUUGUAAAUUUGACGCAUCUAACUUAGAAGCAUUUAAAAACAGAAGAUCGAAUCCGAAUAAUAAAUGGCUACAAGGCAACUAUAUGGUUGUCAGAUAUGAAGAUAUUUUAACGGAUCCCAAAACAGUGUUAAAGCAAAUGUCAGCAUUUCUUAAUAGUGGAGUUUCCACAAGUCUUAAUUUUGAGCACAAGGAUGUCCUUGAUUGGUUGCAAAAAAACACCCAAGCGACAGGGAAUGGCAUGUACAGCACGAAGCGAAACAUUACACAACAAGCUACUAAAUGGAGGGGUGACACAAACCUAACCAUGGUACUUAACAUACAGUCAGUAUGUGGACACAUGAUGGACUUAUUUGGUUACCAUAAAGUUGAAACCAUCGUUGACUUAUUAGACACCUCUGUGGAUCUGUUUCAAGAUAUUCCAAAUUAUUAUAAUUAGGCAUACCACACAGUGUGCAAUUCUAACUUUAAUAUUUCUAACUAUUUUUAUAUAACCAUGCAGUGCUAUUUCGACCUUACCUACGCAUCACUGAUCUGACGUUUCUACUUUUUUAUUUGUCUUUGUUGUAUUACUUGUACUAGAAUGAAUGUCAACCAGAGUUUAGUUCUCAAUUUUUAUUUUAUUUUUUAGUCAGCAACAAGUAUUACAAAAUCUUUUUUAAUCUUCAAGUGAACAAAUAUUAAAUGAUUUUUAAGGUUUUAUGUGUUUAAAUCGCUAUUCAAUUUUAUACCUUUUCAAAAUAAUCACAAUAUAAAAAUAUAAAACACAAAAUCGGAAUAAAAUACUGUCAUAAUCCCA